CCCAUCACUACUGUCAGCUCAACUAGCUAUUAUUACACCAUCGACAUCGCCCUGCUAUCCCAUUUCAAGCGUACGCUUGGCACUACUCGCCAACGACUGAAACGCCUACCAGGAUAUGCGCUUUCAUGUCCUUGGAAUUGGCCCCAUCGGCUCCCUCGUGGCCCAUCACCUACGCAGGGCUCUACCUCCAGCCCACAGCAUUGUCCUUAUGCACAGGACCCUUGAACAGUCAAGACGUUCCGCAUCCUCGGGCGAAAUCCAGGUCGAGCACGGAGGGGUCAUCGAAACGCAGCGGGGAUUUGAGUACGAGGUCUUCAAAACCCUUGAUACAAAUUCGCGGCCAGCAGGGGCCACUACUCAUCCCAUCGAAUCCCUAUUUGUCACCACAAAGGCUCAUCAGGUUCUUCCGGCGAUACGACCUCUCCUCCCUCGGCUUUCGCAUGCGAGCGCCAUCGUACUCCUGCACAAUGGGAUGGGCGUCUACGAACAGCUCGUUCAUGAACUAUUCCCGAAUCCGAACACGCGACCCCACUUCAUUCUGGCGAGCAACACGCACGGCGCAUGGCUCAAAGACCGCAGUCCACCGCACGUUGUUCAUGCCGGCAUUGGGAGAAUCUUGUUUGGCAUCAUACCCGAUCCUCUUGAACGAGACUUUGAGCUGGGUCUCCGAAAUGAAAGCGUUCCUGUCCACGAGAGAAAGCUCAGCUUUACGGAUAUUGCCAAUCCGCCUGUUGAUCACGCAUACGCGAAAUACCUGCCGCUGCGAAACACGGUGGCAGCGCUGCUGGCCAUGGACUCGCUCAAUACGCAAUGGCUUCCGAUAUCGACCAUUCAAGUUGAGAUCAGACGCAAACUCGUUGUUAACUCGGUCAUCAACCCGCUCACGGCUAUCUUGCGGGCACGUAACGGGGACAUUUUUGGGACACGUGAAUCGAUCCGUCUCGCACAUAGAGUGUGCAAAGAGGCCUCUGCCGUCUUCAGAGCGCAGAUGCAGGCAGAGGCCGACGUUGCGCAGCCGCAGAAGACUGCAGAUACCACGGUCAAGCAAGGAGAAAGCAAAACGUGGAAACGCAAGUCCAUGAAUGAAGCCCUCGGUGUGAAGUUGCCUCGCGAUCUUCAUGAAAGAGAACUGCUCAGAGCCUGCCUCGAGGUUGCCAAAAGCACUGGGGAAAACUUCUCGUCCAUGCUCAAAGACUUAUUGCAAGGCCUCAGCCCCUUCGAGAUCGAGUACUUGAACGGAUAUCUUCUUAAAUUGGGCAACGUGUACAACGUACCAAUGCCGGCGACAGCAACCCUUCGAGAUUUGGCUAUCAUGCGGUUUGCCAUCCCCAUCGACCAGUCGUUCUGA